AUGGUUCCAGAUGGCGCGACCACGAUGUGCCGCGCCGGUAUGGUCUACGUCCUCGUUCGCCACCCCCGCGCAUGCUACACCAUCGGUGCCUCUCUUCCUACCACCCUCCUUCAACGCAACGGCUCAUACACCUUGCAAUUCCCUGACGGCACCCACGCGACCGCAGACGCCCUCAUCCGCGCGGACGACGAUGUAGGCACUCGGGCGAGUGCGACCGUGGAGAUUAUGUGCUACGCGGCAUGCGGUCAGCGACAACCCUGCGAGACGACCUCAGACGCGUAA